AAGAAAAAAAAGAACCAGGAAAUUUUCAUGACACUUUGGCUCAUGAAUUAGCCCAUGCUUCUGAUGAAGUAUUUAAAAAUCCGCAAUACAAUACUAAAAACUAUUAUUGCUCUUGUAAAACAAAAAAGAUGUUAGGGAAAUACCACAGAGGAGAGGGUCAUGAUAAAAUUUGGCAUGACAAGUAUGAUGAAUUUAGAGAAAAAAUUAAAAAUGAGAAAUUAGCCGAUGGUUCAAGUUAUCAAGCAUUAGGUAAAGAUUUUGUGUUGAGUAAGUAUAAAGAUAAUAGCAAUAAAGAUGAUCCAGAGGAAAAUCUUACUUCUCCGUCAGAAACAUCUAACAAAGAAAAAAUAUUUUGGUGA